AUGACCUCCAUGUCACCCCGGCGUGGCGUGGAGGCACAUCCACGUAAUUGGAAUCCGUUCGAGCACGACGUGUCGGCGGAUCUCUUUUCCUACAAGGACGAUUGGUCCAUCCAAGCGCCGGAGGAGAUCAUCCAGGAAGCGAAGCGAAGCGUGCAAGGCCGUAGACCCGGCCGAGCUGACGACGUCGAUGCUCUUCUCAAGACAAAGCCUUGGGGAAAAGAGGAUCCAUCAGAAAAAGGCUACCACAUCAUCUUACCGGACAACCGGGUGGUGUCGGUGGAGAACCAGCUCAACCGCCGAUUGCGCGAAGAGCUUCUGGGACCCGCAGCGCCCGAGCCUCGCUCCCACGAGGCGAAGGACAAGAUGAAGGAGGAGGACAACGACGAUGGGCAGCAGGGGAGCACCAGGAGAAAGGCCAGUGAGGCGCUUGCAUCGAUCAUGCAGAGGAUCGGCGUCCUCACGGCCAAGGAGGAGUUCUUGGAGCCCCCAAAGCCUGGGAAGAAGGAGAAGGCAGCCGAUCAAAGCAAGGGCAAAGGAAAGGGACGACGGAGAGGCGCCGGGUCGGAGACCGCGCGGGACCCUCGCCGCGAUCGCCUUCGAAAGGUUCGUAAUCCGUGGUACCUUCCGCCCAACCAUUGGUUCAGUGAAGAGCUGGGCAAGGACCCGAAUGAGACGAUUGGCCUCGGCUUUCCCUACGACGCAAUGAUCAUGGGUGAGACGCCAGGCGUGAAGAAGGAGGAGGUUGGUGUGUUCGUGGGAGAUAAAGACAUCUCCUUGCUGCUGGACACGGCGAAAUCGCACUUCCAGGAUCGGCGACACCGGCUGCCCCACUUCUUGGCGGUUGCGACGAAGGAGGGUGGAUGA